CCCUGACCCGCGAGAUGCCUGAAGUUUGUGCCUCUGGCUCUCUCAUGGUUGCUUCCUAGAUGGCUUCCCGAUACGCCAAACUCGCUGCUCUUGCGAGUGCAUUCUUCGCCGCUCAUGGACAAGCACAAGUUGACAUCUUGUCUUUCGUCGAUCCUCUCAUAGGAACGACUAAUGGCGGCCAUGUCUUUCCUGGCGCAACGCUGCCGUUCGGCAUGGCAAAAGCUGGAGCAGACGUGAAUGUCGAGAAUCAAGGCGGAUUCAGCACCGGAGACGUGACUGGGAACAUAACGGGAUUCUCACACAUGCACGAUUCGGGCACAGGAGGAAGUCCAUCAUUGGGGAAUUUCCCACUCUUCCCACAGGCCGGCUGUCCCGACGAUGAUGUCAAUCAAUGCGUAUUCCCAUACGACUUGCGCUCGGUGCCUCGCAUCAAUGACUCCGUGGAAGCUCGCCCGGGAUACUUUGCUGUUUCUAUGCAAACCAACAUCCAUACUGAAAUGACGGCGACGAACCACACAGCUCUGUAUCGCUUCAACUUCCCAGAGCAGCCAGUGGAGAGGAAUGCCACACUUAGCCCGCUUAUACUCGUAGACUUGAUCGAUCUGCCGCGGUCGAGGAUCAACGGAUCCAUUUCUGUCGAUGCCAGCUCAGGACGUAUAUCUGGAAGUGGAGUUUUCUCUCCCAGCUUCGGGUUUGGCAACUAUGAACUGCACUUCUGUGCCGAUUUUUCUGGAGCCGACAUUCGAGAUACUGGAGUCUUCAUGAAUAACCGUGCUGGCACCGAGCCCAAGAACCUCAGCAUUGUGACUGAUGGGGUGAACAACUCUCCAGACCUUCUGCCUGCUGGCGCUUGGACAAGAUUCGAGACGCCCACCGAGAAUCGUCAGAUCUUGGCAAGAGUAGGCGUCAGUUUCAUCUCCAUCAGUCAGGCUUGCCACAACGCAGAAACAGAGAUUCCCGAUUUUGACUUCAAUGCCACUUAUGCAGCAGCUCAAGAAGCUUGGCGAGAUACGCUUGGAGUCGUCGAGGUAAAGCCUGGUGGAGUCAAUGAAAGCUUACAGACUGUGCUCUGGUCCGGGCUGUAUCGUGCGUCCAUCUCGCCUCAGGAUUACACUAAUGAGAACCCGUUAUGGAACAGCACUGAGCCUUAUUACGACUCGUACUACUGCAUCUGGGACUCUUUCCGUAGCAUCGACACUCUGAUCACCAUUCUGGAUCCGUACAGCCAGAUUCAGAUGAUUCGCAGUCUUAUCGAUAUCUACCGGCAGGAAGGAUGGCUUCCGGAUUGCCGAAUGUCGCUGUGCAAGGGCUUCACUCAAGGAGGGUCCAAUGCCGAUGUUGUCAUCGCGGAAUCAUACCUGAAAUUGGGACAGCUGGCUGCGGACCAUGGUGUCGACUGGAAGACCGCGUACGAGGCUGUCGUCAAAGACGCCGAGGAAGAGCCUCAGAACUGGGCGGUGGAAGGCCGUGGCGGUCUCUUGAGUUGGAAGACUCUGAACUACAUACCGACCGACGAUUAUGACCCGUAUGGCGUGGGUCCCUUCACACGCAGCAUCAGCAGAACUGUCGAAUAUGCCUAUGACGACUACUGCAUCGCAGAGAUGGCUCGCGGAAUGGGCAACACUGCUGAUUACGAAAAGUACCUGGCGUCGUCAGAAUACUGGCGAAAUAUGUGGAAGGCCGAUCAAAACAGCAGCAUCAACGGCACUGACACUGGCUUUGAAGGAUUCCUGAUGCCGAAGUUCCUCAAUGGUACAUGGGGUUUUCAAGACCCAAUCUUCUGCUCUCUCAUCUUGAACUUCACAAGCUGCUAUCUCAACCCGGACGGGCAUGAGACCUACGAGGGAAGCUCCUGGCUCUAUUCGUUCUUCGUGCCACAUGACCAAGCUUCCUUGAUUGCGACCAUGGGUGGCGCUCAGACUUUUGUCAACCGUCUUGACUACCUGCACGAAUUCCCCGGUCUGCUGUACAUUGGCGACGAGCAGGGCUUCCUUCCUGUCUAUCAGUACCACUACGCAGGGCGGCCUGGCAAGAGCGCCGAGAGAGCACACUUCUACAUUCCAUCACAGUUCAACGACACCAUUAAUGGAAUUCCUGGAAACGACGAUAGCGGAGCUAUGGGAUCUUUCGUGGCACUAUCUAUGAUGGGCAUGUUCCCAAAUCCUGGGCAAGACGUCUACUUCAUCACACCUCCAUUCUUCGAAGAGGUCAGCGUUACCAACAAGCUUACCGGCAAGAAGGCCACGAUCCGGAACAUCAACUUCGACCCAGAGUACCAGAACAUCUACGUUCAGAGUGCUACCUUGAAUGGUGAGCCCUAUACGAAGAACUGGUACUCACACUCGUUCUUCUUGGAGGGCGGCGUGCUGGAACUCACUCUUGGACGAAAUGAAAGCACUUGGGGUAUGAGGCCUGAAGAUCUGCCACCCAGCGUGUCAACUUCAGCAGGUUAUGAACGCAACGAGUUCGAUUAUUUCAUGUAAUCAAGAGUUCAGAACUGAUUGAUCAUGAAAGCUGCCAAAAUCAUAAUACAUCAUCAUCCC